AUGCGGUGGCUAUGGGCCUUGAUGAGCAACGCCUCCUCCAUGAGAAAGCAUAUUGAUUACUACUCCAGAUUCUCCCCUUCACCACUCUCAAUUAAACAAUUCUUGGACAUCGGGUCUGGUGAAAAUGCAUGCGAGAGAACAUCGUUGACAUUCCUGAGACAGGAGCUACCUGUGAGGUUGGCAAACAUAACGAAGAAGAUCAAGUUGUUACCAGAUCAUCUGCUAGAGACUCCAUCAGUCCGGUUGGUACAGAGUUGGUACAUGCAAAGUCUUCAAGACCUUAUGGAGUUCAAGGAGAAGGAUGCUGAUGAUGAGCGGUCUUCACACAGUUUCACUGAUGCUGUUAUAAAGAUCCGAAACCGUCACAAUGACGUCAUCCCGACUAUGGCCCAGGGGGCUGUGGAGUACGAGGAGACCUAUGGCCCAGGGGGCUCCAAGAACGUUCAGUAUUUCCUGGAUCGCUUCUACAUGAGCAGAAUAUCCAUCAGGAUGCUGCUUAACCAGCACAGCGAUAACUACUGUGAAGUGGAUGGCACUUACGUAGGCCUAUAG